GAGGAAGCAGCUCAAGUUCAUUAACGAGGCAAAAUAUCAAUCAGUGCGUUUCUCAUCACACUGUGAUAAGAAAGUGGGUAAGGAUGGGUAAGUGGAUACAAAUGAUACGGAAACUGUUCAGUAAGCGCCCCAAAAUCAUCCAUCCUCUUCCCAAGGAGAAGGUGGAAGAAGAGAGUGAGGAACAGAAGGACUGUGGGGAAAAACAAGAGAACCUGCAGAGCACCUGCAGCCAGGAGAUCCUGUUAUCAGUUCACAGGAUUUAUGAAAAGCAUGCUGAGUGCUCUGAGAAUCUCCUGAGAGAGAUUACUAAACUGACAGAUAUUAUUGAGAACACCCAGAAAACAAACAGUGCUGAGAUGCAGUCUGCUGUCCCGCUAUCAGUCAGUCAGGCCAGUGCACCAGCUCAAAAUUCUUUCUGCAAAACAUCCUCUUUCUUUAGCUCAGCCAGGAUCCGGCUUCCACCAUUAAAAAAGCUCCAGCAUUCCCGUGUGGAGUCCAGCAUGAUUUCCAAUGUGGACACUGAUGAUGUAAAGCCAUCACACUCACCCAAGUUAGCAUGGGUUGCAAAUCAGUGCUGCAAGAACACCGAAGAAAUCAUGCUUACUGAAAACAGUCAUAUGAAUGAUGUUGAGCUGCAAACUGUGGAUGUGACAUCCACAGAGGAUGAAGCAAUUGGUCCUAUGAUUGAUGACAUUCUAAAUGAGCCACUUGACGAAAAAACACACCUUUUGGAGAUGAAGCUUAAUGCCAAUAUAGCUGAAUGGUCCAAGUAUGAAAAGGAGGAGAAAGUCAAACUAAAGCUUGAGAUUUACGAGGCAAAGCAGAGAGAACAAAAGGAAAUUGAAGAGCUUAAAUUGAAAGUGAAGUUUCUGGACAAGGAGGCCAAACGUGAAAAGCAGGAGGAGAAAAAGAAGCUGAAGGAUCUAAAAAAGGAAAUAAAGAUUGAAAAAUCAAAGCUUCUCCUUGAGCUGAAAGAGCUGAAAAAUAAAUUGAAGAUGGAGGAGAAGGAGGAGCGUAACAGGAAAAAGAUGGAAAAACACACAGAGGUUGACGAGGAGGAGCAAGAAGCAGAAGGCAAACAGGCCCUAAAAAGCACAUUUAUAACCUUUAAAUUCAGGAGUUGUAAUGGAAGGAAGAACAGCAUGAAAGACCUUUGAGAUCUAGUGAAAGACUUUCAACCUGAAGAACAUGCUCAGAUAAUCUUCAAUAAAAGAAAUGC